AGAUUACAUGAUAAAAAGUAUGCGUAAUGAGAUCCAUAAUUUGAAGUACAUUGACACUAACAAAAACACACCUUUUGUUUGACUUAACAUGACAACUUUCAGAAGUUUAUUCACAAUUCUGAUUGGUUUUACGGCUAUUAAUGCUGUGGUAUCACAAUGCGAUUGUAUAAACAGUGGCCCUGACGAAACGAUCUGCGAAUGGGCAUGCACGUAUUUCAUAUACUGCCAAAAUAACAAUGAAAUUCGAAUCGACUGUCCCGUCGGAGAAGUUGUCAAUGUAGACAAUGGUACAUGUGAUACGGUCGAGAAUGUGCCGCCACCUUGUGGCGUUCUUCGAAACUGUACCGGGAAAGCAGAUGGUUACUAUGCCAACACUGAUGACAACUGUUUAUCGUAUCACUACUGCGAGGGAGAGCAAUUCAUGAGCAACAAUAUUUGCAAUGAUGGUCUAGUGUUUGAUGAGGCACAACAGAUCUGUAAUUGGCCGGCUAAUGUUUGUCCACCAUGUGGUGAUGGUAGUGGUGACGUCAUAGAACCUUGUACACGUACCUCAUAAAUGUAUCAUCCUUGACUGAAAAUGAUAUCGCCUUAUGUUAUGUAGAGACAUACUUAUCCCGUACCAGGACUAUAGUC